GUCGCCCUCUGUUAGCUAGAUCGCUUCGAUCUUCGUUAUCGACCUACGAAUCAUAAAACCCUGUCACGUGUCGAGCUCCGAUACCAACCUCACGCCCGACACGACAUCCUCAUCGAAGUGGGAUGUGGGCCUGGAAGUGUGAAAAAGGGGUGUACCAAAGAUUUUUGGGAAAGUGGGGGUGGAGUCCCAGGUCAGAACUGAGAUCUCCUAUGACAGGGUUUCAGGGGCAUAGGGUUGCCCUGGACGAGGACAACGACGAGGACAAGGAAGGAGGAAGUGCCGGCCCGCAUGACGACGGCGGUAAUGAAGCAGAUGUGGAAGUUGGAGAUGACAACAUGCAGGACCAGGGCGCGCUUGCUGAUGAGGACGCCGACACGCCAAUGCAUGGUCAUGACAUCUCCCCCGCCGACGCUGUGGGAGCCGCACAUGGUCAGCCCUCGACGUCCCGUGGGAUUUCGCUAUCGCAAAGCAGGAGUAAGGGUGGGCACGACUCACAUGCAAUGCAAGGACCGAAGGUGAAGAAAAGGACAAGGGAGACUUGUCCGUCUGCUUCUACUCACAAGAGGCAAGCCAGGACUGACACUGGUAAUGAGGCUCGUGGAGCUUUGACAGCGUCCCAGGAGGCGCGGCCUCCUCGGAAAAACAGCCAAGGGGGGCGAUCUGGGGGUCAAGGCGGUGGCCGUGGGGGUGGUGGCCGUGGCGGGGUGCGGAAAGACUCCCAGAGGGUGAGACCACAAGAGCUGCGAGACUCGGGGGAUGAGGGCGAGGGAGUGGAUCCUCGCAUGCCCAAAGAUGCUGAUGAGCCGGUUCAGCGCGUCGCGCCCAUCGACACUACGUGUUGUUUCUUCCUCAAGUACGACAACCAAGGCUUUGCUACGCAAGACGUCUAUGCUCUUCGCGUGGACGUCAUGAGAAUCAAACGCAUUCCCUGCGGAAGGAUUCUUUUCAACCACCGCUCGUUGUCUGAAAACAUUGUGCGAGGCGUCGAGAAUGCCAUCGAAAGCUCCAUCAACACGGACUCGGGGGCGUGGGAUAGGCCCGAGCUCGUGCUUGCGCCAGUUCACCGCAAUGACAUUGUCGGCGGCCAGGGAAGACGGAUCACGGCCGACCGAAUUCUUGGAAAGGGACCCGACAGAGUUCGACUGGUACGCUGCUCCACCGUAUCGUGGAAGGAUCUUUGUCCUUCCUACUUCAAAAAUUUUGGGGAUUUGACAUGUCGUGAGAGGGAAGUUGCGUUGCUCCUGCUCAUGAAGGGGAAGGUGGUCGCAACGAACGUCAAGGUCUUUUCUCCAAGAGUGAACACAGAGUGCCUCCUCGACAUCAUGCGAAAGGAGCGGUACAUGGUGAGUAUGUUCAAUUAUAUUCUGUUCCGCGCGGAGGGAAGGGCGGACGACGAAUGGAACGACGCGUUCUUCAUGUCGUACAAGGACCUUGAAGACAGGUAUGGGCCAAACGGUCUGUGCGCUGCUAAAUGGGAGAAGGAACGGGACAAGUUACAUGUCAAUAAGGUGAAGAUGGUCCCUCGACGACUUAGAGGAGUGGAGGAGGCAAGGCAAGGCCGCCCGAACGACAUCACACGAUACGACAAUAUGGCUAUGAUGAGUCGAGAUAUGAUGGCCAUUGUCCUGCACGCCGAGGGAGGGGAUCUAAAAAAAGUGACUGUCAAACCCCUACUCCACAACGACCUCACAACUGUGCACGUUGUGGAGGAGAAGUUCGGGAAGUGUCAAGGAAAACACGGUGGGAUAGAGGGCGAUGAUAGUGCGGUGUAUUCCAUCUGGGAGCGAGAGCCUGGAAAGUUGCGUUCGUUGUGCGGGUUAUUUGUCGGAGAGGCGGAAGGUAUGCUUUUAUUGGGUAGAGCGCACGCAGGUCUUGUGCGGGAGUUGUUACUGACAUGUAAUAAUGUCAUUGCCUGCGACGAGUCGGCCAAGGACAUUGCAUAUCUGACAAAGUUUGUCGAUAUACUUGUGAAGGAUGAGAGAUUCGUUUGUCAUGUCGAGAAGCCACGUUGCAAACAUCGUAGCAACAGGGACAUGUUCCGCAAGUUGGGACGCAAGAGACUGAAGGUGUGGGAAUACCUGUUCCGCGAUGCGCCGCAAGGACGGCUUGACGGGAAUUACAUCUACAGGAAAGCAAAGGUGACAGGGACCCUGAAACAUUAUCACGGUGCUCUUACUAGCGCUUUGAGACUUUUGUUGCUCGAUGCGAGAUCCUGAAGUUCGAUCUUCAUAAAGACCGGCUGACGUCCAAGGACUACGCUAACCUCGCAAAAUCGGGUGA